AUGUCACAGGUUACAAUUCGCUUCGAGGGACCGGAGGAGUGGGAAAACCAGUUUGAGGCAGUUAACAGUCUUUUGGAUAAGCAUACUGGAACAUCAGACUACCCUGCCACUAAAUCUCUUCCUCCCAUCAUUUUCGGUGCACAACUCACUGGAGAGGCUAUCGCAGAGUUACAGAGCCUCCCUGGAGUAAUAGUAGAAAUACAGGAGGAGUAG